AUGUCUGACAGAAGGAAUGAAUCUUUUGAUGACUCUAAUGAUGAAUCGGGCCCAAAGAACGAAGUCAAGGGCAAAAAAAAAGAAACCAGUUCGCAAGAGAUGAUUAUUGAUCAGAGCAUAGUAAGAAAAAAAGAUUCUAGAAAAAAAACAAAAAAACAAAAAAUUCCAGAAGUUGUUCUAGAAAAUAUCUCCAAAAUCGUUCUAGAAGUGCUUCUCCCCGAGAUCGCUCUCGAAAAUGAAGUAAAAAAUAUUUUGAACAAGCUUUCAAAUGAUCAAGCAUUGGAUCUUAAUAAAACUUUUCAAGAUCAACGAAUCUAUAUAGAAAAUAAAAUAUUUUCUUUAGUGCAAAAAACAAUUAAUAGAAGUGAGCAUUAUAAAAAGCAAAAAGGUUCGCAGUGGCUUGAUACAGAAGCAAGAAGAAAACAUUCCACCUUCAGGCAUACUGAAAAAAGAGAUCGUAGGGUGAGGAAAAUCAAAACUUUGAUAAGAUUUAAAGACCCAAUUAUAAGGAAAUUUCGAUCUCAUGUGUUAAAUUCAAUAAUAAUGGAUAACAAAUAUCACAGUCCAGAAUUAUCGGAAACAGACCUGAGAGCAGAUGGUUGUAAUCCGGGAUCUUCAAUGCUACGUAAUUUUUUGCGACAUUAUGUUCACAAAGCAACGGUUGGAAAAAAAAAACGAGUGUAUGAUUAUACUAUACCUGCAGAGGGUGAAAAUGAACCACCAAUUCAUGCUCCUGAUUGGACUAAAGCCAG